GUUCAACAUAACGGUAGAGCGCAGACAGAGCGAAGCACGCCAUUUAGCGACGACGUUGACGUUCAACGUCAGCGUCUCGUGGGCGUCUCGUCGAACCAUCAGCAUCAGCAUCGGCAUCAGCAUCAGCAUCAAAGAGCAUCAUCGUUGAACGUUGCGCGCGCGACUUAAAAAAGUGAUUUCAGUGUGAUUAACUUUUGUUUUAUUUUUUUGCUGUGAUUGCAACGGAAACGGAACUAAAACUCAAUUCAGUUUGUGUGUGUGUGUGUGUGAAUGGGAAUGUUCAGCGUGAGCAGCGAGGAUGCCGAUGCCAGCACAACGUCAAUGUCAACGUCGACGUCGACGGCCGAUGGAGCUGCGUACAAAGCGUUGCUCGAUUAUUAUGCCAACGCUCAGAGUGCAGCGAGUCACAUUGUCUCGUUGACGCUGUCGCCGCUGAAUGAAACGCUGGCCGGGAUGGCGGUUAAUGCCACAGGCGGUGGCGCCUCCAACUGCAGUGUUCGAUGCAACGACAGCUUCAAUGAUGUUAAUGAUGUUGAUGAUUCUGCACUCGCUGCGAGUAAUUUCUAUGUGAUCACCGAGUCAAGCCUCGACACCGAGUCAACAGCGAGUGCAACAAUGAGUGCAACAGCAACUGCAGGUGGAGCUGGAGGUGGAGGAAGUGCCACCGAGAUGCCUGUCUGGCUGAUACCCAGCUACAGUGUGAUCCUGCUCUUUGCUGUCCUCGGCAAUCUGCUGGUGAUCUCCACACUGAUGCAGAAUCGUCGCAUGCGCACCAUCACCAAUCUCUUCCUGCUCAAUCUCGCCAUCUCGGAUAUGCUCCUCGGUGUCCUCUGCAUGCCCGUCACUUUGGUUGGCACGCUGCUGCGCAACUUCAUCUUUGGCGAGUUCCUCUGCAAGCUCAUCCAGUUCUCGCAGGCGGCCUCCGUCGCCGUCUCUUCGUGGACCUUGGUGGCGAUCAGCUGUGAGCGAUAUUAUGCCAUCUGUCAUCCGUUGCGCUCCAGAUCCUGGCAGACAAUAAGUCAUGCCUACAAGAUAAUCGGCUUCAUUUGGCUCGGCGGCAUCUUGUGCAUGACCCCGAUAGCCGUCUUCAGUCAAUUGAUACCCACGAGUCGACCAGGCUAUUGCAAGUGCCGCGAACAUUGGCCCGACCAGGGAUACGAACGUUUCUAUAAUAUAAUGCUGGAUCUGAUAUUGCUUGUGCUGCCUCUGCUUGUGCUAUGCGUGGCCUACAUAUUGAUUACGCGCACUCUCUACGUGGGCAUGCAUGUGGGUGGCAAGGAUGUGAAUGCCAGGACAACGCCGCUCAGCAGCUGCAAUCCACAGCCGGCGGCAGCAGCGGCCGCCAUUGCUGCCACGCCUGGCAGCAGCAGCUGUAUUCUUGUUCUCAAUGCCCCCGCUGAAUACAACGAAAGCAGCAACAACAACAACAGUGGCACCACAACAACGACAACUGCAACAGCAACAGCAACAACGACUCUGACAACAACAGCCACGGCAACAACAACGACUUUGACAACGGUCACACUGGCCAAGACAUCGGCAUCCUCGCCCAGUUUGCGUGUCCAUGACGCAGCGCUGCGUAGAUCGAAUGAGGCCAAAACGUUGGAGAGCAAGAAGCGAGUGGUGAAGAUGCUGUUUGUGCUCGUGCUGGAGUUCUUCAUCUGCUGGACACCACUGUACGUGAUCAACACGCUGAGCAUGUUCAUCGGGCAGGCACUGUACGAGUACAUCGACUACACAUCGAUCAGCUAUCUGCAACUGUUGGCCUACUCCUCGAGCUGUUGCAACCCGAUCACCUACUGCUUCAUGAACGCCAGCUUCCGACGCGCCUUUGUCGACACCUUCAAGGGUUUGCCUUGGCAUCGCAGUCGCGGCGGCCUCUCGGCCAGUCAGGCUGGCAUCCCCAAUGUGGCCAACAACAAUCCCGGCCUGGCCAUGGACACCUGGCGGUCUCGGUCGCGUCACGAGCAGCUGCUCAACUCGGUGGUCUACACAAAUAGCGCAGCUGCUGCCGAUAGUCCGCAACUCUAAUUAGCGAAGAAGGAGAAGGAGAAGGAGAAGGAGACGGAGGAACAGAAGGAGUUAACUCUUAAUCAAUAAUCGUACUAUACGUGUAAAUAUGUAAAUGCUGGCGUGGCUUAUGGACGUUUUUUUUUUAUAGUUUUUUUUUACAUAAGAUACAUAAAGUUAAGUCCUUUGAUGUUUCAAUUAAACUUCCUAAGGUUGCUAACAUACAAACGAAUAA